AUGAGCGAUUCACAGUGUGCAGGAGCACCUCAACUUAAGGGGAAGUACUUUGGUCUGCUGGUCUGCUUUCAAUUGGGGAAUGGAUGCCUCUUCGCAUGGAACAGUAUGCUUACAAUUGAAGAUUACUAUGUCUACCUCUUCCCUAAGAACCACCCAACCAGAGUCCUCACGCUGGUAUAUCAGCCUUUUGCCCUGGGAUUUUUAGCUCUCCUAGCAUACCACGAAGCAAAAAUCAACACCAGGCUUCGGAAUCUGACAGGAUACACGAUUUACUUCUUAAGGCAAGGUGGGUUUGGAGCCUUUGUUGGCAUAUGUGUAACAAGUGCAGCAUUCGGGAUAGCAGAUGCUCAUGCUCAAGGUGGCAUGAUUGGUGACCUAUCCUUGAUGUGCCCAGAGUUUAUUCAGUCCUACUUGGCAGGUUUGGCUGCAUCAGGAGCAAUUACAUCAGCUUUGCGUCUGAUUACAAAAGCGGCUUUUGAGAACUCACGAGAUGGUUUGCGCAAAGGAGCUAUGCUAUUCUUUUCGAUAUCAUGCUUCAAUGAGCUAUUAUGUGUUCUUCUGUACACAUUUGUCUUCCCGACAUUGCCUAUUGUCAAAUUUUAUCGCUCGAAGGCAGCUUCUGAAGGUAGCAAAACUGUUGUUGGUGACCUAGCUGCUGCAGGAGUCCCAACUCAAGAUGAUGAGCAAGCUAUGGAGGAUCCGAAACAAUACGUGCGAUUAAGCACCAAACAACUGUUUCUGCAAAACAUGGGUUAUGCGCUUGAUAUCUUUCUGAUAUAUGUCUUGACUCUAUCUAUUUUCCCUGGAUUCCUAUCUGAAGACACUGGAUCUCACGGCCUAGGGACAUGGUAUGCACUUGUUUUGAUUACAAUGUUUAAUGCGUGGGAUCUCAUAGGCAGAUAUGUACCCAUUAUUGUCAAGCUGAAAUCUCGGAAAUGUAUCAUGGCAGCAACCCUCGCUCGCUUUGUACUCAUUCCUGCAUUCUAUCUUACUGCAAAGCACGGCGCACAAGGGUACAUGAUCUUUUUGACAUCCUUCUUGGGGUUGAGCAACGGGUAUCUAACCGUAUGUGUCCUUACAGAGGCACCCAAAGGAUACAAUGGGCCAGAGCAAAACGCGCUGGGGAAUGUUCUUGUUGUUUUCCUCAUGAUUGGACUGUUUUCUGGUGUUGUGCUCGAUUGGUUAUGGUUGAUAGGGAAAGUCUGGAAAUGCUUUAUCUUUUUGGAGUUGUUAUUAAGUGCUAGUCCAAAGGAUGAAGUGGUAGACUGGUAG